AUGAAUGACUCAAAUAUAGUAGUGGAUCCUAGGGGACAGAAACGUACCUUGAAUGCAGAGAUCCCGACAUCCAAUCUAAUAGCUGCUUCAACCUCAACUCUCAAUUCAAGCUCUAAUAUAAGUCUGCCCGUUACAACAAUUCCAACCAAUAUCAAAAAUGAAAUUGAGGCGCCAAAUAAUCUAAACAUAAACAUACUCUCAAGAGCAAGCGGAACAGCUACUAUGAAUCCAACAACAACAAUACUCCCUUCAACUACAGGAGUUAAAAGGCGGCUUGCAUGUUCUAGCUGCCGUAGAAGAAGGAAAAAAUGUGAUAUGCAGUACCCAUGCGGGAAUUGUGUCCAUUAUAAGGACUCCUGUAACAUCAAUGAAGAGGAUAUGAGAAGACAACGCCAUUCUUCUACUUAUGUCAAGUCAUUAGAAAAUCAAAUAUUACUGUUACAGAAAUCUCUGGAAGCGGCUAAUAAUAAACUAAGCUUAACAACUCCCAAUAAUAUCAGUACUUCCUCAACUACAAACAUAACUACAGAUACAUCUACUACUGUAAAUAACUUAUCAAGAAAUGGAAACAGUAGUAAUACUAGCCUAUCAUCUCUUCCGCCCGUAUCACCAUCUUUCUUAAACUCCAACUCACCAACAACAUCUACUACUACCCCUUCAACAACAAUAAAGAAAUUAGUUCCGACUGAAAGAAAAUGGAAGAAUUUAGUGACAGGUAGUGUUUAUCCAGAUGGACCUGUAAGUUAUAAACCAAAAAUAAAUAAAGGUAGGAACGCUCUUUCUAUAUCGUCAUUAAUAUCAUCCGGAUCUAAUAUAACUUCAUCAUGUAUUAACACAGGUACGAUAUCCAGCAAUACAGUCACUAAUAUAGAUAGUAAUGAUGGGGUUGGAAUUUCGACUACGAACAAAAAUGGCCCACACGCUAAUAAUACAAUACUAUCAAGUACGUCAACUUCAUCCUUGGAAGAUUUAACUACUACUACACCAAAUGGUAGUAUUAGCAGUACUAAUUCUGAAUACCAAAAUAAUCCAAAUGGCAUUACCUAUUCCUCAAAAUCACAAACUCUGGAGGAACGUAUAUCUGAUUUGAAAACUACAAAGAUUGUUAGAACAACGAGUAAUAAAGAUGCAAAUCAAAUUACAAACGAUCCUAAAAUCAUUAGAUCUUUAUCUAAUUUUUAUAAGUGGCUAUAUGCUGGACUUUUCACAUUCGUUCAUCGUGAAAGUUUUUUAUAUGGGUUUUUCAAUCAUGCAAAGAACAAUUACGAGGAUUCUGAAUAUUGCUCCAUUGAAUUGAUUUACUCAAUGUGUGCAAUUGGUUCAAGGCUAGUCCCUGAACUACAAGAAUAUUCUGAGAUAUAUUACGAGAAAAGUAAGACUAUAUUAUUAAAAUUAGUGUUUGAUGACGAUAAUACAGCGCAUAUUACAACAGUUCAAGCUUUAUUUUGUCUAGCAUUUUAUGAACUAGGGAAAGGUAAUAACCAAUUAAGUUGGUAUUUUUCCGGGUUGGCCAUCAGAGUUGGUUAUGAGAUGGGAUUUCAAUUAGAUCCACAAGUUUGGUAUACAGAUGACGAGAAUGAUAAUGUCAAAUUAACCAAGAGUGAAUUGGAAAUCAGAUCUAGAAUAUAUUGGGGUUGUUAUAUUGCAGACCAUUUUAUCUGUUUAAUGUUAGGUAAAACGUCAACUUUAAGUGUUAGUAAUUCCACUAUUCCUGAAUCAGAUGAGUUACCAGAAGUAGAUGGUACUGAGGAUUUCCGAUUUGUUGGGAAACACAUUCUUCAAAUUUCGUUACCAUUAAAGAAUUUAAUUAUCUUAUCAAGAAUUGUAGAAAUCUUCACAUCAAAAAUUUUUAUUGAGACAGACGAAAUCAAUUUAAAAUUAAUGUAUUUACAAAAUUUUAAUUUAAAAGUUUACAAUUGGAGACAAUCAUUACCGGAUUUAUUGAAAUGGUCUAAUGACUUAAUACAAGAUCAGGAUGUUUCCACAGAUCCAACAAUUUCAUACUUUUGGUAUCAUUAUUAUCUGGUGCGACUGAUCUUUAAUAAACCAUUCAUGGAAGAUAAUGAAGAAUCAAGAAAUGUAGUGAUUGAAGUCAUUGAAGAUUUAAUAAUCUUGUUUGAUAAUUUCAAAUAUAAAUUCGAUGGGUUCCUUAAAGCUAAUCUGUAUCAAUUAUACCUAUGUCUGCUAGCCACAAGAUGUAUCAAAACAUUGAUGACUUUGACUGAUAUCGAUCAUAAGAUGCAAAAAGUUUGGCCUAACCAAUUGAAAUAUUUCUCUAACAUUCUAUUAAAGGAAUUGACACCUGCUUAUGAACUGGCGAAUAGAAUGGAGGAAGAUGUAGAUUUCGAAUUAGAACAAGACAAACAUACAGCUACACAAGUCAAUACCAACACAUACACAUACGAUUUCUCAUUGAGUAACGAAAUUGAUGAUUUGAUCAGAGACUUAUUCGGCCCAAAUCUCUGGAAUGAGACGACCAAUGUGUCACAUCCUACCACAAUGGAGAAUCCAGAAGAAUUGUAG